AUGAAUAUAAUUCUAAAGCAAAAGAGGGCUAAGAGGAAGGAAAAGUUUCGUGUGAAAAUGUGGUUGAGCGCCAUUGCUGCAGUCAACGACACGAUGUCAAACAAAAUUUUUGCUGUUUUGAAGGCUAAUGCUGCGAAUAAAGAUCGAAUGAAGGCUGAUAAAAAGGCUGCUUCAUCAGAGAGAAUAGCUCGGCAAGCAAUGAACGCUCAUGAUAAAGUCGACCACCAGACCGAGAAAACGAGGCACCGAGAAAAGGCUGCAAAACUCAAAGCCAGAAAGCGGGCGUCUUGUGCAAGGGGGGAGCGAUCCAACGCCACACUUAAAUUGGUUAUGGCCUCCAAGACGGAUGUGCCGACCUUACGAGAAGAUGAAAUUAUGUCGGCCGUCGUGUAG